UCAUCACUCUUCUGUAUCACACUUUCUUCCCCAUCACCUAUAGUUUCUCAUUACAUUAAUGAAAACUAUUUGCAUGAUCCAAUUAAGAGAAAAAAAAAUGAAAAACUCUGGACUAUAUACAAGUUUCCAUUGGUCUUUAGAUCUUCAACUUGGAUUUUUUUUCAUUUUCAUAUUUCAAAAAAUUAAUUCUAAAAUUGUGUAGAAUUAUAAUUCUGAAAUUAUAUUUCAUGAAUAUUAAAUGCUAUUCUGGAAAUGCAAUUCUUAAAGUCAAUAUUUACACAAAUUUUAAUUUUUAAAAAAUGCUAAAUUCUUCUAUUACUUCUAUACUUCAUCUUACAAAUCCUUCUACUUAUAUAAAAGUGAAUGUGUAGUGUUUUGGAAGGGAAAGGAAUAACAUGGUCCACGAGUUGGUCAGAGUUUCCAGGUUUUACACAUUACUCCUAUUUUGUCCAAACCAAAAACACACUUUCUGUUAACAUGGCCUGGUCCAAUGUAUCACAGUGUUUUAAGGCCUAAUACUUUUUUUUUUUAAUAAAAGUAAUGAUAAAUCAAAUAAUCACUAACGUAAAUUAAUACAUUUUAAUUAUAUAAUAGGAUAGCAUUUUAUAUUGAUAUCAUUUGUUUGACAAUGUAUAUUGAAGAAAAAAAUGACAGUGUAUUUUAUUUAGUUUAUAUUGGCAAAAUAAUUACUUAUUUUUUAACUUUUAGACUUGGAUGAAUUGACAAAACUACCGUCCAAAUUAGACUAAAUUUGCGUUAUUUCAUACAAACAUUCGCGUGGGCUUUAUAUAUAUGUAUGAGGAAAAAAAUUUUAAAUACCAAAAUAUAAGAUUUUGAAAAAAAAAUUACGGGAAUAUGAUAAAUUUUCAAUUUGGUGCAAAAAUUGCCAAAAAUAUUUUUUAGUACUUUUAAAUUUUUAUUAAAGUCAACGGUGUUUUAAAUUUUUUUCAAAAAACAGUAAUGACAUUUUAAAGUUUUUUAAAUAUAUUAUUUAAAAAUCGCCGUUGAUCAUAUUUUGAAUCUCUGCACCUGAAAAAAUAAUCUCACCCGCGUGCAAAUUUAUCUUAUUUUAUGAGAACAAUUAUAGUAGAUAAAUUACUUUUUGUUCGUAUAUCUCAAAAGGAUUUGUUUGCAAUCUUUCAAUAAAAAAAUUAUUAAGUCAAAUAUUUAGACAAGCUGAUAGAACGAGGUGUCGGCUACUUAGAAGAAGAAUAGCACUGAAGGUAAUGACAGCAAGACUACGACGACUUGCGUAGACUUGGACGACGACUUGGAUGCCAGAAAGCCUCACAGACCACAUAAAAAUGCAUGCAUGCAUUGGUUCGUGUUUAAUAAUUUAAUAGAAUUACGCUAAUUCAUUUUUAAUGUUUAAUAUGAAAGGGACUACAUUUAUAUUUACGAUUAGAUUGAUCCAUAUAUAAAAAAAGAAAGUGAUUUCUUUCUAACGAGAAACGACGUGUGGUUGGGAUCGAAGUAUCAACAAUCAUAUGAGAACCACCCACGCUGCGUUUUCCCUCCUUUGUUGGUUGCUGUGCUCCCAAUCAUGUUCAGCAACAGAUACUUUGAAUCAAGGGGAGAAGAUAACUCAGGAGUUGGGGAACCUCGUUUCAGCUGAAAGCACUUUUGAAUUGGGCUUCUUUUCAUUUCCGGAUGAUGAGCGUGGUAGAAAAUACUUGGGGAUAUGGUAUUGGAACUUGGAACCACGAACAGCGGUAUGGGUUGCAAACAGAGACAAGCCUGUGGAAGAUUCCAGCGCAGUUUUUCAAAUUGCAAGGGAUGGAAAUCUGGUAAUAGCAGGUGCAUCACAAAGCUAUUGGUCUUCUGGACUCAAUGGGUCCUCCUCGUCCACAACCUCAAACAGAACCGUGAAGCUCCUAGAUUCUGGGAAUUUAGUGUUAAUGAAUAAUAAUAAUAAUAACUUGUGGCAGAGCUUUCAACACCCAACAGACACGUUUCUUCCGGGCAUGAAAAUGGACGCAAAUUUUACGUUGACUUCUGGAAGAAGCGCCGUUGACCCCGGAAGUGGGAGCUUCUCCCUUAAGUUGGUUCAAACGGGGAACGAUGCAAAAAUCGUUGUAAAUAACCAUUCACAACUUUAUUGGACACUUGAUGAACGGGAUUCAGAAGCGACGUCAAUUUAUAACUUCUUGGCGUUUGUCAACGCCACCAACUCUUAUGCUUCACGCCCCAGUCCAUUCAUCAAUAUAUCGCAUCCGCAACUGCAACCUCGUGAUUUUGAUAAAUCGAGGCUGGUAAUGAAUUUCACGGGGGAGGUAAAUUUUCUGAAAUGGGAAGAAGACGUAGAGAAGAAGUGGGAUCGACGAUGGUGGUGGCCACAUGACGACUGUGACAAACACAAUUUUUGCGGCUACUUUAGCAGCUGCAACAAAAAUAAUUGGCAGCGCUGCAAAUGCUUGCCAGGAUUCCAUCGCGGGAUGUCGGAUAAUCAGCAGCAUCAUGGAGAUUUCCAUCUCCCAGGGUGUGUCAGAAAAUCAAAGUCGUGUACCAACGAGAACAUGAUGUUCCUCAACUUAACCAAGAUAAAGGUGGGCAAGCCAGAUCUACGGAACCGCACAGAAACAGAAGAAAAAUGCCAAUCCUUGUGCCUUAACAUGUGUUAUGACUCCCACAUCCAGUGCCAGGCUUAUUCAUAUAAUAUCUCUGCAACUUCAUAUAAUCGUGGUUCCGAUCCCAAUCUGUGCGAAAUCUGGACACGGGAUUUACCCAGUCUUCAAGAGGACGACGAUAGUAUUACCGGUCGUUAUCUUUCUAUCCUAGUCAAGAGCUCAGACAUAGCACCAACUGCGAAAUCGUGUGAACCUUGUGGCACAUAUACAAUUCCUUAUCCGCUAAGCACUGGGCCAACCUGUGGAGACCCUGCGUACUACAAGUUCAAUUGUCACGAAGGCCAGGUUAGUUUCAUGAUGCCCGGAGGAAAACAUUACCGAGUUACUUGGAUCGAUGUAGAUACCAGAAAGUUUUACAUUCAAACGGAUGAUUCGAAUCACUGUGAUCAAGCUUCCAUCAAUCAAAAUGAUUCGCCUAAUUUUCCAUUUAGUGUGACUAAUUGGUGCUUUAAAGAUGAUGAAAUAGAGAUCAGUUGGCAAUCAGCACAAGAACCGCCCUGUAGUAACCCUAUAGACUGCAAGCUGUUGUCACAUUCAACAUGUAGGCCAACAAAUACAGGAGACACAAGGUGCCUUUGCGAUUUAAACUAUAACUGGAAUGCCACAAUUUUUAAUUGUACUAAAGAGUCAUCAGAAAACCAUUCAACUCACCGACUGGCUUUGAUUCUUACUACAAUUCUUAUUGGCAUGACUAUUCUGGCAAGCAUAAUAGUGUUUGUCAUUGUGCGGAGAAGGAAAACAGCCCCUAAUAUGCCUGAUGUGACAAGCACUCGGAUUCAGGAGAGCUUGUACGAUAGUGAAAGACAUGUGAAAGGAUUAAUUGGCUUAGGAAGCUUAGAAGAAAAAGACGUUGAAGGCAUUGAAGUACCCUGCUAUACUUUUGCAAGCAUUCUAGCUGCUACAGAUAAUUUCUCAGAUUCAAACAAGCUUGGACAAGGAGGUUAUGGGCCUGUCUAUAAGGGAACGUUUCCUAGUGGUCAAGAUAUAGCUGUAAAGAGGCUUUCAAGUGUUUCCACUCAAGGAUUACAAGAAUUCAAAAAUGAGGUUGUUCUGAUUGCCAAACUUCAACAUCGGAACCUUGUUAGAGUUAGGGGCUAUUGCAUAAAAGGAGAUGAAAAGGUCUUGCUUUAUGAGUACAUGCCAAACAAGAGUUUGGACUCUUUCAUAUUUGACCGGACAAGAACUUUGCUCCUAGAUUGGCCUAUGCGAUUUGACAUAAUUGUAGGCAUUGCUCGAGGGUUGUUGUAUCUUCACCAAGACUCCAGAUUGAGAGUGAUUCACAGAGACCUGAAAACAAGCAACAUUCUUCUAGAUGAGGAUAUGAAUCCGAAGAUAUCAGACUUUGGCCUUGCCAAAAUAUUUGGGGGAAAAGAAACGGAAGCUAGUACAGAAAGAGUAGUCGGAACCUAUGGAUAUAUGGCUCCAGAAUAUGCCUUGGAUGGUUAUUUUUCGAUCAAAUCUGAUGUGUUCAGCUUUGGAGUAGUCGUACUAGAAAUUCUUAGCGGAAAAAAAAACACGGGAUUCUAUCAGUCCAAACAAAUUUCUAGUCUUUUGGGUUAUGUAUGUUUGUUGCACUUUUUUUAUUGUUCUGUUUUGGUAACAAGUUGACUUACUAGUAAAACGAUUUCAAUGAACAUUGUAUCAGGCAUGGAAGCUAUGGACAGAGAAUAAGCUGUUUGAUUUAAUGGAGCCAUGUUUGGGUGAAACUUGCAACGAAAAUCAAUUGAUUAAGUGUGCACUUGUUGGGCUCUUAUGCGUACAAGAUGAACCAGGUGAUCGACCCACUAUGUCAAAUGUUUUGACAAUGCUUGAUAGUGAGAUUGCAACCAUCCCUGUUCCCACACAACCAACCUUUUUCGUCAACAAGCGUUUUUCUAGCUCAGCUUCUUCUUCUAGCAAACCAGAAAUAAGUCUGCAAUUUGAGAGCAGUUAUCAAGAAGGUCGAUAGUGCAUGAUAGGUUAGAGAAGAAUAGGGUGUAUCAAAAAAACUUCGACCUCUCUGUACCUUUUAUUUCCCCAUUCUUAAGGUUUUGGUGUGUGUUGGAGUUUGCAAACAUAGUUUUCAGUUUCAAUGCAUGAAAUAUAUUCAAUG